AUGAAGGUUUAUUCCUUUCAGAAUCAGGUACGGCUUACCAUGUCUACCACAUAUAAAAAGGAACCUCGCGUGGUUGACAUGAUUGAUCUAACUGGAGAGGUGGCAGAAGCAGCCAAAGUUGACCCUGCCGUUGCCUCUUGUGUCAUUUCUAUGUUCGAUGAGGGAUUCACGGUCCCGUUCAUUGCCAGGUAUCGGAAGGAAGUGACUGGUGGAAUGGAACCACAAGUGCUUCAUCGGUUACGAGAGAAGAUGAACGAAUGCAAACUUCUGAUUGAAAAAAUUGAUAAAUCCUUCACAUAUCUGAACAAAAAAGGUUUACUGACAGAGGAUUUGUCGAAGCAGUUGCUCAAAUGUAAAACAGUAAAUGAAGUCGAGUUCAUUACGGAACCGCUAAAGGCCAAAGGGCCACGAACAUUGUCGGCUAAGGCUAAGGCCGCCAACUUGGAAUCACUCGCUCAUGAAGUACUUUUCUCCGGAAGAUUUGUGGAUAUUCCUCGUCGUGCUCCACCGGAAGCGCGAAAGGCGUUCCCAACCGGGCCAGAUUUGGAGGCAGCUGUCAGCCACAUCAUAGCGGACGUGUUCGCGAAAGAUUUGGAUCUGAUUCGGCAUGCGGAACAAUUGUAA